AGCGGGUAGGAGUUCAUUCCGUCCGAAGAAUUAGAAGGCUCGAUAUCGGUCCGUUGAGAACUAAUACGGAAAUUUAUUACUCGACAGCACACGUGGAAGUCUUCUGGAAACUUAUACUGCUGCUACCUUACUAGGUAGCUAGUUCAAGAUGCCAGCCUUAGUCAGGUCCAAUUCAUUCAUUUUCCCGGACCUCGACUUUACCCUACGCCGCCAGUUUAACAAACCUGGUUUUCGUCCGUACCAACGAGAAAUUAUACAAGCUGCACUAGACGGCAAUGAUGUUUUCGUUCAGGCAGCAACCUCGUUUGGAAAGAGUUUGUGCUUCCAACUUCCGGCCGUUGUAGAUCAGGGCAUCACUAUCGUCGUCUCGCCAUUAUUGAGCCUUAUGAUAAAUCAGGUAGAAGCUCUCCGGGCUGCCGAUAUCAACGCUAGCUCGCUCAAUAGCAAUACACCUCUAGCAGAAAAGGACCGCAUUAUGGGCGACCUCAAAACUGGCCACCCGCGGACUAGGCUACUCUAUGUGACCCCGGAGCUUUGUGCCCAAGACCGCUUUCGGGAUAGGUUGAGAGUAGUUUACGAACAGCGGGAACUUGCACGUAUUGCUAUUGAUGAAGCCCAUUGUAUUUCAGAAUGGGGCCACGACUUCCGUAAAGAUUUCAAAAGACUAGCCUGGUUCCGCGAGUCCUUUCCGGAUGUGCCUAUCAUGUGCUUGACAGCGACAGCAAACAGUCAAGUGCGCAAUGACGUACUUACCACUCUUGGUUUAGAUGCAAGCCCGGAAAGAUUGAAAUCCUUUACGAUGACAGCUCACCGACCAAAUCUCCAUUUCGAGAUUCGUUUUACACGUGAUGAGGAUGAUCAACGAUUGGAAGACUUUCUCGGGUGGAUUCGUAGCGUAUAUGAACGCCGGGCAAAGGAAUCGCGGAAAAGCGAGCUUACUGCAUUAGGUGAGCGAGUUGAAAAUAUUCCAGGUAUUAUUUAUACCAUAUCACGGGACGAAUGCGAAAGCCUCGCGGCACAGCUCAGGCAAGAAGGAAUUGGAGCACAGCCAUUUCAUGCCAAGCUAUCCAAGGAGACCAAAGAGCGAACUCUUGCUAACUGGGUUUCGAAUGAACCCGGAUAUGAUAUUAUUGUAGCUACGACAGCGUUCGGUAUGGGCAUCGAUAAGAACAACGUCCGCUUUGUCGUGCAUUGGCGAUUACCUAAAUCCUUCGAGGGGUACUACCAGGAAGCUGGACGAGCCGGACGUGACGGGAAUGCAGCAUACUGUUUUCUCUAUUACAGCCGAGAAGAUAGAGACCGGGUUAGUAGUUUGAUUGUACGAGAUCGAAUGAAUGCGGGUUCGGGUUCUAGUUUCGAGGCGCGCGCUAGGAGCUUACAGGCACUGGCCGAAUACUGCGAGAGCAUAAAUGCCUGUCGUCAUAAGCUCAUAUGCAACUACUUUGGAGAGAAUAUCACGCCGGAUUGCGACUAUGCUUGUGAUUGGCAUAAAAAUAGCGCAGAUCUCCAGCGACGUUUCCUAAGAGGUCUAGCAAGCGAGGAAUGGGUCAGCACUCAAAGAGAGGAAGGUCUGUAUGAAGUCGAUUGGGAUGAAUGAGUUAUGAAGAAUCGUGGUUGGUAGAACAGGACCGAUUUAUGUAGUAUCUGUGUUGGUGUCUGACGGAAUAGCGAACCGAUAUACGGAUACUGAUGGCACCUAAGGCAGGUCAUCCUGCAUCCGAUGGCCAUCCCUCCAAUCGGCUGAGGCCAGACCCCG